AUGAACAUUCGGUUGCCCAAGACUGUGAAGGAGCUUUACACCUUGGUGGACGAGUGUGCUCGAGUGCAGGUGGGGAGGAAACUCUCUUCAGAAGAAGAUGGCAUCGACAUCGACUCAGAGGCUGACGACGAGGCUACCAGUCAGAAGAAGAAGAACAAGAAGCACAAUAAGAGGCGCAAGGAUAAGGCACUUCUGUUCGAGCGGGCCGCCAGCUCCUCCGCGACUUGCCUCCCGUGCGCGAGCCCCCGCCCGUGCUGGUGCAGGCCACCACCCCGAGCUCCCCGCUCCCCGUUCGCGCUUGCCCCGGUUGGCUCUGGCCUCCCGCCGGCCCCUGCGCCGCGCCCCCGCGCGGCCCUGGGCUUGUACCGGCGUCCUCCGCCGGGUGCCAGUGUGCUUGGCCUCGCCCGGCCGCCCCGCACCCCGGCGGCGCACCCGGGUCCGCCCCGACUCGGCCGGCCACAGCUACGCCCGCGCCGGCUCCCUCUCGCCUCCGCCUGGCCGGAACGCCUCCGCCAGCUCCACCUCCAGCCACCUGCGCGCCCGCGCCAUGAGCUCAGCCUCCCGUCGCAGGCGCCGCUUGGCCUCCCGCCCUCCGCGCAACCCGGCCCGGCCGGCUCCGUGCCUCCCGGGUUCGGCUCCCCCCGCGCCGACUCACUGCCUUGCCCACCCGCCGGCUCCCGCGGGCCGGCGUCGCCUUGCCUCGGCCGCCUGGCCCCGCUAGUCGGCGUCCGCCUCGUCGCUCCUCCGUGCUGA